AUAUGUCCUGAAAUUUUUUGACAAACCUGUGCGGGGAUUCUCAAUAAUCAUGAGUGCAAAAAGCGAGAUACCCAAUGCCGUUGUCCUCUCACCUUCCUAAACCCGAAAAGAUCAAACUGCCUUGUAGUUCAAAGACGGCACUUAGCGACUUCGUCACACCUGCAUGAGGUCACAAGCAGCAGUCGCUACCGCAGAGUAGGGUGAGGCGAGCUCCGGGCGAGAGGAGCAGGGCAGAGCUGAAGGCAAAAAGAGAUUGGGUUGUGUCCUGCAUGUUCCUGAUGCUGAGGAUUUUUUAAACUGCUCUCAUCUAGUCUGAAAUGGCUGCCUCUCAGUGUCUCUGCUGCUCAGAAUUCCUCCAGAAACAAAGCCUUGUACGUUUCCUCACAAACCCACACUAUGGAAGCCUCAUUAAUGCGGAUGGCCAUGGUGAAGUGUGGACAGAUUGGAAUGAUGCCGCCAAGUUUUUCCAGUAUGGAUGGAGAUGUACCACUAAUGAGAAUUCCUAUUCUAACCAAACUCUGAUGGGCAACUGGAACCAGGAAAGAUAUGAUCUAAGGAAUAUUGUGCAGCCCAAAUCCUUGCCUUCCCAGUUUCAACACUAUUUUGAAACAACAUAUGAUACAAGCUACAACAGCAAAAUGCCACUUUCAACCCAUAGAUUUAAGCGAGAGCCUCAUUGGUUCCCAGGACAUCAACCUGAACUGGAUCCUCCUCGAUACAAAUGCACAGAAAAAUCAACUUAUAUGAAUAGCUAUUCAAAGCCUCAAAUUAGGCAUCACUUUGGCUGUGUAUGGGUUGCUAGAACUGAUCAAUCUUAGGAUCCAGGAUUCUAAGAAACAAUAAGAAGCUUCGCUUUCCAGAGUAGAAUGUAAGAGAGAGCGCAUUCUAAGCACAGCUAAAAAUUUAGCUCUCUGAAACACACUUUCACCUUCUGAAUAAAUAAUGCACGAGGCAUAAAAACAAAAUCUUUCUUGGGGGGAGGGGCUUGUUUUAACCAGGAUUUAAAUGCCGAUUUGGGUUAAUUAUGUCUAUGUGUAGUUCAACAUUAGAGUUGUUGUAGAGAUAAUAAAAAUAACUAAAAAGAAAAAAAAAUAACUAUUCUGGGGCUGGGGAUUUAGCU